AUGGAUUCAAUUUUUUCUCUGGAUGGUAUAUUCAUUUCAGCUUUUGAAUUUAGUGACGAGGAGUCAACUUUUGUGGUGGGAGGAAAGUCGAAUUGUGAUGACAGAAUGCCUCCUUGGGUCAAAGAAGGUGUCCUGGGCUUUAAUAAAGAGGACCUUAUUCUCAUUGAGCGAGAAUAUCCUGGCCUUACAAAAAUCAUUCAAGUUGUUGAACAAAAUCGGAACGAAGUUGAGAGCUUUACUGAUGAAGGACAAUCUGCAGAUUCUUCAUGUGAAAUCCUUACCUCCAAUGAACUGUUCAACUGUAAGGAGUGUUCUAAAGCCUUUGUGACAUCCCAGAAAUUAAAAAAACAUACCAAAGAUGCUCACAGUAAAAGGAUGUUUCCAUGCGAAUACAAUUGUGGUAAAGCCUUUAAAAGGAAAGACCAGAGAAAAAGUCAUUACAUGGCACAAAAGUUCCACCAAACCCAUCAACAGUUUUUUUCUACACUUGAUAAUCCUCCCUAA